AUGUCUACUAAAGAGGAUAUAGGAAGAGAAGCUGAAGAUUCAUUAUUGUAUUCAGCUAGGCAUGGCGAAAUAUCUGUAGUAAAAGCAUUACUUGAAGCAAAGAAAGAAGGAAAAAUAAAUUUAGAUAUUAACUGCAAAGGUAAAAGCAAAAGUAACUUAGGAUGGACACCGCUGCAUUUGGCGACGUAUUUCGCGCACAAGGACGUUGUGGAGGUGUUGCUAGAUGCCGGCGUAAAUGUAGACGAGGUGAACGACAAUGGCGACACGGCCAUGCACAAGGCUUCUUUUAUUGGGAAUGAGGAACUAGUGAUCCUCUUAUUGAAUUACAAAGCGGACGUGAAUAUAAUGAACGGCGAGGGUCGGACAGCAUGUGACGUGUGCAAGACACGAGACGUACAAAGACUGUUGGAAGCAGCACAAAGGGCCGAGAGACUUGACAGAGAGCGGAGGCUGCUUAGCGCCGCCAAAGAAGGUCACAUUGAUGAGAUACAGGCGCUGCUUAGCAGUUCAAAUCCUCCAAAUAUAAACUGCGUGGAUUCCCAAGGCAACACGUGUCUGCACUGUGCAGCCUACAGAGGCCAUGCUCGAGUCGCGGUUCUACUGCUGCAGAAUGGGAUUGACACCGCACUAAAAAACCAUAGUGGGCAAUUAGCGAUAGAUUUAGCAAAAGACAAUGAUAUGCGAGAGGUCUUAAGCGUGAGGCCGGUACAGAAAUUGCAACGCACCGCUGCCAGAUUUGAGGGGCCGCUGCUCAAGAAAUCGAGGUUCCUGGGCUGGAGACCUGUUUGGGCGGUGCUGCAGCGCGGCGUGCUGAUAUACUACGGGUCGCGGGGCGAGGCAGGCGCGGCGGGCGCGGGGCGCGGCGCGGCGGGGCGCGCGCGCAAGUACCUGGACGGCGCGCAGCUGAGCGCGCCCGCCGCCGAGCCUGCGCUGCUGCGCCUGGCCUUCAGCGACGGCGACACGCACCGCCUGGCCGUGCCCGCCGGCCCGGACCUCGCCGCUGCCAGGCAGUCUUGGGUCACUGCGUUUAACGAGCAUAUCGCGUACUCCGGGCAUUACCUGUGGGCCGGCGCUGGACCUGACACUGCCAAAGAGGCCACCGAGGAACUGGACGACGAGUGCAAGCCUCUGGGUUCGAUGCAAGACGCGUUGACGGCGGCGACCAACAGCCUUGCGCUGCUGGACACACAGCUACGUGAAUGCGCCGCCAUCGUGGCCGCGCUGGACAAGAGCCCGCACGUAGGCACCUCGCUGCACCACUCUGCCUACAUGCGAUUUCAACAUGCGUGUGGAUCAGGCUCCGAGGCUCUGACCGCGUUACGUCACUGCGCCGCGCUCGUCGCACAGGCCAGGGAUCGCGACCAAGCCAGACUAGCUAGAGAGAUAGAGCGAAACAGGGUCUUGGAGGAAGCAUUAGCUGCACUCGCACGCACACACCAUGCGCUGGAGAUGUCCGUAGCGGAGGAAAUGACAAAGAGCAAAAGAAAGAAAAAAUCAUCGCAGAAUGACUCAAAAGAAAACUUCUUUGACGUUUACGAAGAUUCUGGUGAUGAUGACGAUACGUUAGUGACGGCAGGACUUUCCAGUCCCUUGGGUGCGCUCAGUCCAUGGGGCAGCAGUCCCGAUCUUACCAGGCACACUCCCAUCGGCAGCGUUGAUGGCGACGGCGAUCGAACCCCAACCCCCACACUGAGGGGCGGUCCAAUUACGCGGCGUAUCAGUGGCUCUUUGGAGUCGUGUGCGAGCAGCCCGUCCAAUGGCAGUCCCAAAAGUCCUCGGAGUCCCAGGAGUCCUGCGAGUCCCAGCAGUCCCGUCAGCUGCGCCAGCUCGCGAGGCACGCUGGUCUCGCAGGGCGGCCACGUGUACAGGAACGCGCGUCCAUACAGGAAGACCACGACGCUCAGGACAUCUCUUCCGGUCGCACAAUUCAGCCGCGGCGACUUCUCCCUCUGGUCGGUGUUGAAGAAUUGCGUGGGCAAGGAACUGUCGAAGAUCACGAUGCCGGUGGUGUUCAACGAACCGCUGUCGUUCCUGCAGCGUAUGCUGGAGUACCUCGAGUAUGCUCACCUGCUCCGGAUGGCGUCCGAACAGACGAAUCCCGUCGCCAGGAUGGAGUACAUUGCUGCUUUCGCCGUAAGCGCGCUGGCUUCCAACUGGGAGCGACUCGGCAAGCCAUUUAAUCCUCUACUUGGAGAAACUUAUGAGCUCGAGCGGCCCGAGUUCCGCGCAGUAUGUGAACAGGUUUCACAUCAUCCGCCAGUGUCGGCGUUCCACGCGGACAGCCCGCACUUCGUGUUUCACGGCUCCGUGCACCCAAAGCUCAAGUUUUGUGGAAAGAGUGUAGAGAUACAGCCUAAAGGGCACGUCACUGUUGAAUUGCCAAGGUGGGGCGAAGCAUACACUUGGACCAAUGUGAACUGCGUCGUGCACAACGUGAUCGUGGGAAAGCUUUGGAUCGAGCAGUACGGCGCCAUGGAGGUCACCUGCCACGGGGGCGCUGCACUUAAAGCCAACCUCGUGUUCAAGCCGGCAGGGUUUAACAACCGUGACCUUCAUAGAGUUGACGGGUUCAUUACUGAUGCUAACAAGAAAAAACUGCGAUUCCUUUAUGGAAAGUGGACAGAGUACAUUAAAUGCUGCAGCGCUUCCGCUUACGAGCAGUGGGCUAAGGAGCGCGGGGAAGAAGCGGGCACCCAGCAGACUCCCUCGCAUACUCCCAAAAAAGUCCUCGCGAAGUUAAACAGUUUCAAAGUGGGAGCUCUCCGAUCUAUGUCUAUUCAAGAUACCGAUGACGCAGAAAAUUCUGAAGACGUGCCCAAGCCCGACGAGUCUUAUAAUAUAGACAUUCCAGGAUCGACUACAUUGUGGGAAGCACGACCGCGGCCCAGCAACAGUGCUCAGUAUUACCAGUUCACGGAGUUCGCGAUGUCGCUGAACGAGCUGGAGCGCGACAUGAAGGGGCAGCUGUGCCCGACGGACAGCCGGCUGCGGCCGGACGUGCGCCUGCUGGAGCAGGGCGACAUCGACGCGGCCGCCGCCGAGAAGACGCGCCUCGAGGAGAAGCAGCGCACCGCCAGGAAGCUGCUCAAGAAGAACGCGGAUCCCUGGCAGCCCAGAUGGUUCAGUCAAGGUACGAAUCCUUACACGAAGCAAGAGGAUUGGCUCUACAACGGAGGCUACUGGGAUCGCAACUACCAACAUUUGAAAGACGUUGACAUUUUCUAA